GGGAGUCGGUGUGCUCGUCAGAUUAUGAACCAGUGUUGAGUCUCGCUGGGAGUGUGUUCAGCGCGUUAUAAAGGUGAACCGAGCAUUAGCGCUGUAGCGGUUUUUAGUGUGUGUAGGGCUGCAGAGCAGAAGUACAGUAAUGUGUGGCGUGAUGGCGUGUCUGUAGAGUGCUGGGCUGUGAUUGGUUAGCGUGCUGUGCGCUCAUGGCGCGGUUGCUGUGGGCGGCACGCAGAUCAGCGUCUGCGCUCGCGCUGCUCGUAAGAGUAAAUAAAGCUGCAGCUCGAGCUCAGACUCUUCAUCUUCAUCUGUCUGCUCCACAACACACACUUCUGUACAGGCGGCUCAGUUCACCUGUAAGGAUGCCGGAGGUUAACGUGGAUCAUCUGGAUGAGAAGCAGGUGCAGUUGCUUGCAGAGAUGUGCAUCCUCAUCGAUGACAAUGACAGAAAGAUCGGAGCCGACAGCAAGAAAAACUGCCAUCUCAACUCAAACAUUGAUAAAGGAUUAUUGCAUCGAGCGUUCAGUGUUUUCCUGUUCAACAGCGAGGAAAAGCUGCUCCUUCAGCAGAGAUCCAAUGCCAAAAUCACUUUUCCAGGCUGUUUCACCAACACUUGCUGCAGUCACCCUCUCCACACGGCCAGUGAGCUGGAGGAGCAGGACGUCAUCGGGGUCCGGCGCGCUGCUCAGAGACGCCUGCAGGCCGAGCUGGGCAUCCCCUCCGAGCAGGUGCCUCCAGAAGAGAUGACCUAUCUGACCCGCAUCCACUAUAAAGCCCAGUCAGACGGCGUCUGGGGCGAGCACGAGAUCGACUACAUCCUCUUCAUGCAGAAAGACGUGGAUCUGAAUCCAGACCCCAACGAGAUCCAGAGCCACUGCUACGUGUCCAAAGAGGAGCUGAAGGAGCUCCUGGAGAAAGCCCAGAGGAAAGAGCUGGAGAUCACGCCCUGGUUCAGUCUGAUCGCAGAGACCUUCCUCUUCAAGUGGUGGGACAACCUCCAUAACCUCAAGCAGUUCAUCGACCACGACCGCAUCCACCGCAUGUAGGCCGCGUCUGGACAGCACUUUAACCGAUAACGAAGAGACUGCACAGUUUGGCCAUGUCUUAUUGGACAGCCUUGGUUUGUAAAUGUUUAGACAAGCAAAGAGUUUUAUUUUAGCAUUAACGUUCAGAUUACAAGUUUUCAAACCGCUUCAUGAACACUGAGCAUUUUAUUGCUGACAAACACUGUCCGUUUUUGCCUAGUGUAAUAUGAGAGAUCAUAUGAGUGCUUUUGAAGGAAUAUUUUGUGACUAAAAGUAUCAGGAGUCGCUGUGAGGCUUACAGUUAUCUCAAGGAAUUAUUAGAGAAGGAAAAUAAAAUUAGCUUUCUUCAUA